AUGGCUCUCAAAUUAACAGGAACCCCCAAAUCUUCAUGUACCUUAAAAGUCCUUCUUACACUAGCGGAAAAGGGCAUCUCCAACUAUGAAUUUAUCGACAUUGACCUGAUGAAAGGGGAACAAAAGGUGCCGAGUCAUCUCGCCAAACAACUAUUCGGUGUCGUGCUGAUUCUCGAAGACGGCGAGAUAUCUCUAUAUGAAUCCCGUGCUAUUUGUCGCUAUCUGGCAAGGAAAUACGACAACGUCGGUACUCCUUUACUCCCUGACUUGUCUAAUCUCACGAAGAUGGGCUAUUUUGAACAAUGGGCGAGCGUGGAAAUGGCAAUUUUGAUGCUUAUCACUGGAGAGCCGAAGAAUGAGGAGCUGGUCCACAGCCUCCUAGCAACGCUUGCACAGAAGCUAGAUGUUUACGACGGAGCCAUCCUUGCUAAACAAAAGUACAUGGCGGGAGACACAUUCACUCUAGUAGACAUAUUUUACAUGCCUCUGAUGUCAUACAUGUUCCGCAUGGGCUUUGGACACAUGAUUACCGACCGUGCCAAUGUGAAGGCGUGGGGGAGAGUUUAUAAAAACAACUUUCCCUUCAAUGCUAUAAGAUUAACUAAACUUGACUUCCUUCUGCCUUCACGUAUCAAAAUAUUUGCAUUGAAACCCGUAAGACUUGAACACUGCAACAAUUGA